UUUCUGUGCUUGUUUCAUUUAAAUUAAGAUACUUAAAUGCAACAUUUUUCUUCUGCAUAGUAAAGUUUGAACAUAGUAUGACAUUACAUAGUAUUAAGUCAAUGUUCAGUUGUGAUCUUUUGAAAGAACAAAUUUUUUGUUCAGCGUUAUGAACAUUUCAGAGUUACAAACCACCUCCAUUCCCAAGGUAUUCGUAACUCUGAGGUUCUACUGUAUAAGAUGCUCAGGUGACAGACAAGCUUUGUGAGAAAAGCAUUGUUUGAGUUUGAACGCUCGUGCUGCAGAGUAAGCUCUUUCAGGAAAGGAACUUUCGUAUUAAGAAGAACUUGUUUAAUGUGGCCCAAGGGCAUAGCAGAGCCCACCACUUUUGGAGGAGGUGAUGGCUGCAGCAUGUGCUAUUAAGCCCCAGGAAUGGUGAAACAAGCUUGAAGGUGAAUUAAGAGGCUUCCUUUGACAAAUAAUGCCACAUCACAAACUGAUAAGUGCAGACUUGAUUUCUAAAUACCUUUUAAGGAUGAGCUCAUGGGCUCUCUAAGUUUUUAAAACCACAGUUACAGCAUUUAGGGUAAAACCUUUUGCAAAAGGUAAUGAUACAGGCUGCUACAUAGUGCAAAAAGCUGCAGUCCUUAUGCUGUGUGAUGGGGCAUGUCUUAUUCCCCAACGUUUUUUUUGGCUAAGUGCAGAACUGUGGAUGUGCGACUGAAUGGAAUUGCAAAUAAAUCCAUUUUCCUUCUUUAUAGCAGCGUGUCAGUUAAGGGUGUGGGGGUUUUAACCAAUAUGCUGAUACAACCCCUAACUUUCAAGACCUUAGGGUAUGUUAACACUUUACGGAGCAGACACCACCAACUGGCUUUUUCGGUCAGUAUUGGAACACCAACCACUUACCCAGAGUUAAUAUCUUUCGGGGAUGUCUACACAGCGAAGUUUUUGACACAACUUUUGUCUUUCACGGGUACUUAAAAAAGCCCCCCACGAAAGACAAAAGUUCUGCGGAGGCAAGUGGCAGUGUGAACGCGGCUUUGUCGACAGGAGCGCUCUCCUGCUGCCAAAGCUAAUGCUGCUCGCGGGGCUGGAAGCAUUUUGUCUGCAAAAGUACCGACAAAGAGCGUUUACACACGCUGACUUCUAGCAACCCAGGCUGUGUCGCUGAAAGCUGCGUGGGGUAGACGAGCCCUAUGUUGAAUGAAGCACUCGUCUGUUGACAUAGCUGCAUCUACAGCGGGGGUUAUGUCCACCUAGCUACUUGAUCACGGGUGUGACAUUUUCACACCCCUGACUCUUAGUGAUGUGGAGCUGAUGUAACUUUUCAGCACACACAAGCUGGCCUGCUGGGAGCAGGCAUAGGGGUGGGGUUUCCUCCCCCCAGGAGGCGUUAAGGGCUUCACUUCACUUUACCAUGGCCUGUGUGGGAGCGGAAAAGCCCUUUUCCCCCACGCAAUAAUACUGUACGCUGAAAGUUUGGCUUUUGUCGAGCUUUGUGGGUUCGGCCCUUAUCUAACUCCCCCCCCCCCCCCCCCGGGGCAGCCCUUCGCUGCGCUCCCUGCAAGGUCUGGAAGUAAAUGGCCGAUUCUGUUUCAGUUCGCCGCUGGAGGCUGUCAGUUUCCGAGGGGGCUACGCGGUUUGAGUGGUUUAAAGCACCAGCCCCGGCCAUGGCCCCUCGCUGCGUUGCCACUUGCUGUCCCUCUUCAGAGAAAGCUUGGCCUCCGAGCUGCAGGCCCGGGGACCGGGGCCUGGCCCCGAUUCCCCGGCGGGCUCGCCGUGAGCACGAGGGGCCGGCUGCCGGAGGGGGCAGCAGGAGGCGGGUUAGACUCCCCCGCAAGCCGUGGACGCGUGGCAGAAAAGUGGGGCGGGGAGGCAGAACCUCGCCCCGGGUGGCUUUAAUCUGCCCCCAAACAAACCGGCCGCCUCUGAUGGGGCUGGUAACAGCCUCCCCCCCCCAGCCGCCGCCUGCGCCUGGCAAACAGCUGAUCGAUCCCAGCCCCACGUGGCGCGAUGGAGCGACUCGGCUGGGAGCCAGCCUUGCAGUGCCGCGGGGCCCGCUGCUGUGGGGCUGAUGAUGGGCGGGGCUGUGCCCCCCCCCCGGCAGGGGGGUGAUGGGUGAGUCCUCGGCCCCUCCUUUCCCCGCCAGGGCGGGCAGCUGCCCUGCAGCCGGCUCUGGGGAGGCUAGCCAGGGGCGGCGCCCCAACGUAACAAUGCAGCAGGAGGUGUCUGCAGAGGGAGAAGGGCUUUAUCCUGGACGGGGUGGCCGUGGACACGCUGGCCGGCAGCUACACGCACAUCCCGCCCAAGCUGUGGUCUGCCUUGCCCCCUUACAACGCCCAGCUGGAUGGCCACGCCGCAAGCUACUUCGCAUCCCCCGCUGUCAAGUCCCUGCUGAAGAACACGGAGCAGGCCACUCUUCUGAGCAGGUGGGCGGCCACUACAGCUUCCUGGCAGACGUGAAGCCCAUGAAGGGCUACAACGGGCGCUUCGGCUACCGUCGCAACACCCCGGACCUGCGGGUGAAUUCGUCCUGCUUCGGCGAAGUCACUGUGUUCCCGCUCCACUGAUGCCGAACGAGCUGCUUCUCACAUGCCCCUGGUGCCAGCCCCUCUGGGUGCCAUGGAGACCUGGAGACACUGAUUAGGAGUAAGAAAUGGGAACUAAAAUAAAAUAUUUGUUCUCGCUUGUUCUAUUUUAA